AUGAAUGGUGGGACCUCACCGUGCCUUUGCGACCUUUGCACUCUUAAAGAAAAGCAAGGACAGAAAGAAAAGACGGUGGAUGCACCUGGGAUGCCGCGGUUGAUUCGGGGCCGAAAACGCGGCAAAGGAAAGCAAGUCGCUAGCAGCACGCGACAAGCAACAACAGCAAAGCAUGGCAAGCGUGGCCAUAAGAACCGAGCCAAAUAUAUGGCUGAAGAUGAGGAAGGAAAUAGAGACGUAUUCAAGGAACUUGUCUACAGACUUAAGAUAAAGAAAACCUUGGAUGAACCUGUGAAGGAGGUCGAUAGCAUGGACUGGCGUGCGGAGCGCGAACAAUUGGAUGAGCAUUUAACCCGCAUACGUCUGCAACACAGUUUCAUCCCUCGAGUCGGCGAGCUCGUCCUAUGGUGCCCAGAACUCCAGGGUGAAGUGCAAUUUGAUUUCGACAAAGAUAUUUUCCGGGAAGUUUGCCCAGUAACGAAUAAGUUCCUUGGAGUCCCAAAGUGGAGAGCGGGGACCGUCGCUCAAGUGCCGGAAGAGCCCGUGGUGCUCGGUGACAUCUACUUCGAUGCAGAAAAAUCAAUGGCGAUCAACAUGUCCGGUUUUCGAAUUGAAACGUUUCCGGACCCUAACAGCCCCAACAAAGAUUUCUCCAGCCAAUACAAAUAUGUCCCAUUGUGCCAUAUUAGACCGUUCAAUAUGUGGGAUAUUAUACUACAGAACAUUCCAAGCGAAGAGUUCCAUCCAUCCAUUUCAUAUGCGCUGACCAUUAUGCCUUCGUUUAGCAUGUUGGAUAGGUAUCACUUUGCUGGGACUUGGCCCAAUGCAACCAUUUAUUCCAAGGGAGUUUACAUUGGGGCGGAACUCCUUGUCAGAGGAGAUGCUGUUCGGAUUUUCCCUGAAGAGUGGUCUUCAGAAGAUGCAUUUGGCUCGGUUACCGAUGUUCUUGUGAUCGAGAAGAUUGCUCUAGAAUUAUUUGAUUGCGACGCCGAUCUCUCUUCCCCGGGACUUUGCAGAGCGUUCGCUCCACGGGUACAGGGGAGAGCCUUUACUAUUUCUAAAGAUAGGGCAUACCGUGACCCGUCGUCUCCCAACGAGGAACCAAAACCGAUGACGCGGGAUGAAAUAAUCGACGCUUUCGAAACUGUAUCUAUGGGAAAGUAUGGUCCAUGGUAUCGCUUACACCUUCCAGAAGCCAUAAUGGAGCUUUCAAUAAACCAGAUUAUUGGCCGAUGUUUCGAGUCGGACUACAUGGAUUUGAUGUACGGCACGCUGGACUUCGAUCUCGAUCUCGAAGGGGUCAUCUCAGGGCGCGAGUACGGACAAAAGACAGAUGAGCGAAUCCCGCCACACAGAGAGUGGUUCGCCGGAGAUUACCGCCUCGAAACCCUUGCUCUUGAAACUUUUAACGGCAUCGAAGUAGGGAAAUUCGACGAAGCUCGGGAUUUGAAAAUGUGGCGUGCGAAUCUAAAGAUAAUUGAUGGAACAGCAACAGCGGCUGAUAUCAAAGAGGCAAAAUUAACCCGUGAAAAGGGCCGUCGAAGGCUAGAGGACAUCAUUGGGGGGAAAGCGGACUCCUCAAAACGAGAGUGGACAGAGUGA